CCCCUUAAAAGCCCCCUUCGCAUCCUCCCUCUCCCACCACCAACCCCUAAUUCCUCAAUCACAGCCCCACAAAAGCCCUAACCCUAAUCCUAAUCCUGGUUCCGUAUUCUAUAUCCGAAGGCGAUCUAUAGAUGGCUCAGCGAGACAAGAAGGAAGAGACGGAGUUCCGCCUCCCUGAAACCCUAACCCUCUGCGCCAACAACUGCGGCUUCUACGGAAACCCCGCCACCAACAACAUGUGCCUCACCUGCUUCAAGGCCUCGGCCGCCGCGGCCGCGUCCUCCUUUUCCUCCCCCUCCGCCCCCGCCGCGGCGGAGGUGGCGGUGAUCUCCUCUCCUCCGGCGCCGUGCUCCGCCGACGACAAGCCGGGAUCGGGCCCUGCCCGAAUCUCGGCGGCGGAGGGAACGGCGGCGGGGAGGCGGGUGAGCCGGUGCUCGGCUUGCCGGAGAAAGGUGGGGUUGACGGGGUUCCGGUGCCGGUGCGGCGAGCUCUUCUGCGGCGAGCACCGCUACUCCGACCGACAUGCGUGCGCCUUCGACUACAAGGCCGCGGCGCGAGAAGCGAUCGCCCGGGAGAACCCCGUCGUCCGCGCCGCCAAGAUCGUUCCGUUCUGAUUCGGUUUCAGGAUUUAGAGCACCAGAGGCGGCACCAAACCGACAAAAAA